AUGGGUAAUUUAAAGCAAGAUCUAUCGCACGAUCAACCUUGCCAUCCACGAGCUUGCGCCAUCCAAGAUUGCCUGCAGAAAAACUCAUUCAACGAGGACAAGUGCCAGGCACAAAUCGAUGCCCUGUACGAAUGCUGUAAUGCCUUCUACCAGGAGCGAGGGGACAAGGCGUCCACCGUCAGUUGCCCCAAAGCAAACCUGCUGCGCUUGAAGAUGAGACAACGAGCUCAGGCAGCAGAGAAGCAGUAG